GUUGCUCGUUGGUUGUUGGUUAGUGCCGGAGAAUUGAAGUACAUUUUAUCAGGAGGUACUGUCAUCAGAGGUUUAUUGAUGUUCCUCAUAUAACAACAUUACUUAGAUUGUUAAACAGGCGGUCUCAUUGACAUACAUUUAUAUUAAAUUUCAAUAUCUACAGUAAUAUAAGAUAAUUGCUAUAAUAUCGUGAAUAAUAAUAUGCAAUAAAUUUAUGAUAUAUACUAUUUAUAAUACUGUUCAACAAGGUACAACUGACUGGCAUGAAUUAUGUUAUGGUGUGUGAAGAAUAACAUACUGUAAAUUCUUUUGUAGUUAACGACAAGACUUGUAAAUCCUUAAGUUAUUCUGUAAACUGUACUCAAAGUAAUUAUGAAAAAGAAAGAACCUGUCUCGACUGGAAAGAGGACAGUUAAUCUUGAGCUACACAAUCAGCUGUUAGAAUCUGAUGCUGGUAUCAUCGCAUCUCAUGUUUUUGGAGAUGAAGGAUUAAAGACAAUUUUCGUUCCAAGUCAACAGAACGAGGGUGUUUCUCAAAAGUUAAUACUUCAAAACACAAAUGUGUACAUACACAGAGUGCUUGAUGCCAUUGAACCAUCCGUUGCUGCAUGUGAGAAAGACACCAGACCUGGGCGACUAGGUAUUCCUCAGGUGAUUUUUGACAGUACAGCACAGGUGGGGACACUGGUUAUGAGUGGUGACAGACUACGUGCUCAGUCACAGAGCAACUUCAGCACUGUCAAGGCUAAUGUCUGCUUUUACUCUGGUAAAUGGCAGUAUGAAUUGCACCUGGAGAGCAAAGGGGUAAUGCAAGUAGGAUGGUCCAUGGCACUGGGAGAGUUUUCGCCAGAGUCUGGUGUUGGUGACACAGUUUACUCAUACUCGUUUGAUGGCAAUCGAGUACGCAGGUGGAAUCUUGUAACCGCAGAGUACGGAGAGCCGUGGCAAGUUGGGGAUGUCAUUGGCUGCACAAUUGACCUGGAUGUGGGAAAUAUGCACUUCUACAGGAAUGGCAGGGAUCUUGGGGAGGCAUUCUCGUUCAUCCCGUUGGGUCCGGGUUGUGCCUACUACCCAGCUGUCAGUCUGGCGUAUGAAGAGAAACUUCAGGCUAAUUUUGGCUCGACACCUUUUAAAUACCCCAUAUCACCUUACUUGCCGGCCCAACAACCUCCUACUGGAGCUGUCUUGAGAGCUGAACAAUUGUUUCAUUGGUUUCAACGUAUUACCACUGCAAAUCAGUCUAGACCUAAGGGAAAAGCUGAGGACCAAUCGUCGCUAAAGCAGUCAUUUGCGACUACUGUUUUGUUAUUCAGUGAGGUGUUGAUGACUCACCUUGUUAAUCUGCUGGGUAAAGUCUAUGUAAUUGAAGCCUGUUUGGUGCCUUUCCUACACAAAAUCGCAAAUGAAAGUCCGGACAAUCAAGGGUUACCUGGUGGCAGGCGGACGCUCUGGAAGUUCAAUUUCUUCUGUGAUGUCCUCAGAAUUUUCCUUGAGCCAGAUGAUUUAAAAGAACUGAUUCAAGCAUUAUGCAAGUGCCUUUUACGACAAUUUAACCAAACCCCAGACUCUUUGGAUUAUCCAAAACAGACUGCUGUGCUGGAAAUGUUGUCAGACAUUUGUCAAAACAACUACAUGAGACGUAUCCUGCUGAAACAACAGGGGUUUCUCAAAAUAAGUGUUCCUGAAUUCAUGGAUCUGAAACAGAUGGAUACACAAGCACUUAAACAUAUUGUUGUUCGCACUUGGUGGGGCCCAAUGGAUAACAAAGCCUUAACUCCAGUGGAUGAAGAGAAACGAGACAGCUAUCUUUUGUGGUGUUGGACUAUAACUUCCAAAACAUUUGAAUUACAAAAACAACAAGAGAGUUUCUUGAAGCUGCUUCUAACUGAGUUUGAUGGAAAUGCAAUAAACGAAGCAACGUCAAGAUUACACUUUCUGCACAUGUUCCGAUUAUUUCUGAAGGACAACCACGUAUCUGGCUUGGUGAGUUUCUUGUGGAACAACCAGAACAUUGCACCGACUCCUCUGCCGGUGGCACUGAGCUACUUCUACUGUCUCAUGAAUGUGCUGAUUGAACUGUGGAAGGAGUACAUGUGGGAGACCCCUCAUGUGUCAAUCACUUUGUUCUUCGAUGGUUCUGUCGACUACUUCUCCUUGGACCGACUGGGAGGUGUCUUGAGUCAUCUGAUCACGACUUUCCGUGCACCGCUUAUAGGAGAGCUUGGGGAGAACCACAGAAUCCUGACUGAACCUCCUCCACAACCACCAAUACAACCUCAAGGUCUACAGAUCCAGGUGACGACAGGAGUGGAUGGGGGUUCCGGGGUGGCUUCACAACUCACCCGCUGGUUUAGUGUAGGGCCAGUACAGCAACAAGCCGAGCCGCCCCCCACAGUGGAAGUCGCUCCCAGGAACAUCAGCAGCAUAACGUCUCUCAUGGAACUGAUGGAUGGUGUCAUCCUUCUGUAUCAUCUGGCAGCUCACAAACAGCUCUACAAGGUUAGCACUUUGAGAGAUGAUAUGGACAAGUAUAUAAAGACAAUAGACGAGGCGAAGGCAAGAUUGAAGUUAGCCCAAGACAGCUGUCCUGAGGCUGCAGCUGAAAUAGAAGCAUCCAUUGGGACUAUGGAGCGCAAGGUGGAUGAGCAGGCUCGUAUUGGAAUGGCCUGGGUAAGAGGUACAGUUUACACUGAGGAGAGAAGAAACAAGUUGGUUUGGUUGCUUGAAGCCAUUCUUGAGACCCUGAAGAGGGCCUCCAAGAAGGGAGACUUGUUUGCAUUUGUGCCAGACUUCUAUCUUGAAUCAAUGGUGGAGAUUUGUACAGCACUCAGAAAUUACUUCAGUCCAACUGCACCUCUGGAGGAAAUAAAUGGUAUCAACAAGAUACUAACGCAGGUGGCUGAGUUUCUGGUGAACCUCUUAGCUGACACUAGGGUAGUGAAUUUGGCAAGCAAAGACACAGUCAUUGAAGCACUUGCAGGUUUUGUUGCCAAGAAAGUGACAAUGGAAUGUCUUGAAAAAAUGCCAUUGUAUAGCCAGGAUAAAUUUAUACGAAUGCUCUUAAAGCCAUAUGAUAAUCGACCUUGGGGCCAAACCAAUUGGAUCCUGAUGAGAAUGUGGCAAGGCUGUGGCUUUGCUUUCCGAUACAAGAAAUCUCCUCAUCUCAGUCGGAAAUUGGGGCCUCGGACACCGUCAAGUGAAUCUGGUCUCCUCAUUCAUCAAUCUUUUGAUCCCUGUCCAUCAGAGAAGUAUCAAAGGUUGAUUGCUAAGAUAUUAUAUUACGACCAAGAAAUGGCUACAGAGUUUUUGAAUUCAGUUCUCAAACAACUCAACUGGUCCUUUUCUGAGUUUAUCAGCAUGAUGCAAGAGAUUCAGAACUUGUCGAAGAGGCCAGAGCGGGUGAUCAUUGAUGCACGCCAGCUGAAAAUCUGCGCAACAUGUUUUGAUUUUGUGAUAAGCCUGCUGCGGGUGGUGGAGAUGAUAUGUACCAUCUGCCUGCCAGUGUUCACUGACAGUUCCAGGGAGGGCACCGAGAACCUGCUGGAACGCUUAAGUCAGCUGCUGAGCCAGAUCUUGCUGCGAGUAACAUCACCCACAGGCUGUUUCACUCAUGUCAUCUCCCUGGAAGUACCCGAUUUGGACUCUAUCGACCAAUUCCCGGUGUUAUCAGCUGUUGUAGGAGUUAUUGUUGCACUCUUAGCUGAAGAUCUGAAAGAUCCAGAGAAAACUGUAAUGUCUCCAGCAAUAAAAAGCCUUCUGUAUGAACCAGCCUUCCAGUUGAAUACAUUCAAGUACGUCUUAGGAAAAACAGGCGACCAGGAGAAUUUCUCACUAGCAAAUUAUCCACAAGCAGUGAGUGCUGAGGAGUUGGACACUGUUAACAAGGUGAUCAGUCUCCUGACACAUCAGCAGACUCGUAUGAGUGAGGUCAGUGAAGUUGACGAGGAGGAGCUGUGCCCCAUCUGUUGUGCAAUGCCACUAGCAGUCACCUUCAUGCCUUGUCACCAUAGAUCUUGCAAAUCCUGUAUAACACAUCAUCUAAUGGACUGCAAGAACUGUUUCUUCUGCAAAACAGCCAUAAACUCUGUGGUGUCUAACGAUGGCAAACUUCUGUUUGAUGCAACUGCCUCAGCUCAUAAAGUCACAGACCUACAUCCUAUUUAGCACAUUAUUUAGUGACCUAAUGCUUCCCACAUUUGGCUUGUGGCAGCUACAUAAAUUAGAUGCUUUAGUAAUUUUUUUUAUACAUUUUCUUGUUACCAUUAUUUAACAUGGAUCAUAUCCUCUUUUUUAUGAUGUUACACAUUGUUUUAUCACUCAUGUUGAACUAAAUGAUUAGUGCUACUUCUUGUAAAUUUGUUAAGUUUUUGUUGGUUAGUUUGUUGUGUAAAAUAGUAUUUUGUUGUUUGUGUGUAUGCACUA